AUGAGUUUACAUCUAGUUCUCUGUUUAUCCUCUUAUUUGCUUUUAACUCAAGCGGCCGUUGGAAGCAUUGAUCCUAUUUUAAAAGAUUUCGAUUGUGUUGAUAUAUACAAACAACCGGCUUUUCAACAUCCAUUGUUGAAACACCACAAGAUUCAGGAAAAAUUUAAUUCGAAAGAAAGGCUUAGAAGAAAAGAUGAAUAUCAUCAAACAAAUGAUAAAAGUUGUCCAAAAGGAACUGUACCAAUUUUAAGACAAACAAAUGGAAUUGAGAGCGUUCAUCUCGACACACUCGAAUAUCCCGGCCAACAUUUUGCAGUAAUCGAAAAUGUUUUAGAUGGGAGCAUCUAUCGAGGAGCAGGAGCUAUGAUAAGUAUUCAUAAUUUAACUCUACAAAAUAACCAAUAUAGUAAAAAUCAAAUCUGGUUAGAGAAUGGACCUCGUGAUCAACUCAACAGCAUACAAUUUGGUUUGGCGGUACAUCCAAGAUUAUAUGGCGACACUUUCACGCGGUUUACAAUAUAUUGGACUGCAGAUGGCUAUAAAAGAACUGGAUGCUAUAAUACAAAAUGUCCUGGCUUCAUUACUGUUUCUCGAGUUCCCUUGAUAGGAACAACGUUUAAUGAUUCUUCUGUUUAUGGUGGUAAAGAAACAGUUUUUACUAAACCGCAAGUUUUUCAGGAUGGUUUCAGUGGAAAUUGGGUACUAAAAUUAUAUGACGAAGUUAUUGGUUACUGGCCUAAAGAGUUAUUUACUCACUUAAAUAAAGGAGUUUCUUUGGUACGUUUUGGAGGAAAUACAUUUCCAUCUCCGGAGGGAAUUAGUCCUCCAAUGGGAAAUGGCCAUUUUCCAGUUAUCGACUAUCAUAAAAGUGCACAUUUUUCAUUUGUCAAAGUUAAGAAUUCGAACUAUCAAAGCAUCGAUAUUGAAGAUAAGAAAACAAGACUUUAUGCAGAUUCUUACCAAUGUUAUAGACUAACGUAUUGGGGUUAUAGCAAGUCGAAUGGGGUAUCCUUCUCCUUUGGAGGACCAGGUGGAAAUUGUGGUACUUAAUGAAUCAAAUAUGUAUCAACCAAAACUAUAUCAAAUUUGCAAGAGAAAUAAAAAUUGACUAAACUAUAUCCAU